AUGCUUGACCAGAUUUUGCAACCCACAGAGCCAGCACUACUGACAUACGAUUUCCCUGAUUAUACAAGAGAGGCUGACGACUACACUGCACCUCCACUGGAGAUCAAGGAAGAUGGUGACGUUGAGUUGUUUAUGGCUGUUAGAGUGGACUAUGUAUGGCUAAAGAUAUAUGUGACUUUCGGGGAGGAAAAUAUCGAGCACUACAGGCGCCAGAAGGACAAAGAGGAUGGGGAGAGGGGCUACAUGGUCAUUAGCGAGGAGGUUCUUAGAGGCAUAUGCACUCCUGGUGAGAUGGAAAUCCUGAACCAAUCCUCCUUAGGGUUGGGAAGUCACGAUAUUUAUGAGACUCAAAAUCUGCCAAUCAACAUUGAGUCAUCGGAGGACUCAUCUGACCUACCUUCGACUCUAGAAGAUUCUGUUGAUGCUGGUGGGAUGAUAAGUCUAAAGGAAUAA